AUGAAGAGAUCUGCCUCCGAAAUUUCCUCUCCUGAACAGCAGAUAUCGAGUAGUAACGAAGAAGAGCAAGCAAACAAGAAGAGACAUCUCUCUCCAUUAUCACCAUCACUUUCCACAUUAGAUGCUUUGCCACUUCACACAAUUUUCACAUUCCUGAACAAUGAUUUAUCAUCACAAUUGGCACUCUAUGGAACGUGUUCCAAUGUCAUGACAUUUGUCAGAAAUGAAAAGCUUGUUCCUUUGCAUUGUGUGUUACAACUCAAGAAAUUCACACAUGAAAAUCCAAACAUUUCCUUGAUUACUUUACAUUAUAGAAUGUGUGGAUUGCUUCACCAAUAUGUAUGGCUACAUGAUUAUGAUCUCAUUGAUUAUUCAAAAUUGCCUCAACACUUGUUGGGAUAUUGUAAGAAUGGAUUGAUUCAAGUUGUUUAUUCAUACCAUGACGAAUUUUAUGGAGGAGGAUUUACCUAUACGGAAGUUGCUGUGAAGAAGGUUAAUUCUGGUGAGAAGAUUCGUUUGAUACUUACAGAAUUGGAAACUAUUCAUGGAAGAGGUUUUGAAGAGGUUGGUUCUGUGGAUGUUUCUAUUGAUAACACAAGGGUUUACAAUGGAAGUAGCAUUACAGAUCUAGAGACGUUGAAUGAAUUUACUCAAAAUGCUGAAAUUUGUAAAGAGAUGAAUGGCAUUGAAUUACUGAACUCAUUGUUUAGACUUUCCAUGAAUGAAAAGGAAAUUCAUAAGGAAGAUUCUUGGUAUGAUUCAUUUUCAUUCUCUCCAACUAGAUUUGAAAGGGUUCACGAGUCUAUCAUUGACAAAUUUAUAAGUGAAGUAGUUGAUGUAAAUAAUGAACAUUCUUUCCAAUCCAUUCAUGCAUUGGUUUCAAUUACUGAAAAUUUAUGUAGUGUGAAAUGCAAAAAAGAAGAUAAAGAAGAAGCAAUAGAUGAUGAUGAACAAACAACCGAAAAGGAAGAAGAAGAACUCGACUUGUUUGAAUUUGUGUCACUUGUUAAACACAAUAUCAAUCAUUUGUACUAUGAUGAGUACAGCUCCUAUUCUAGACAAUAUAUUGAUUGCAUAUUGAAAAGAAAGGACAAUGGAGAGAUUGUCCCUUUCUCUGUAACCUCAAUUGUUGGGCCAAGCUAUACUGGAACAUAUGUAGAAUUGGAAAUGAUGAUCAACGGUGAAGUGGCUUUAACAUUCGAAAUGACAGAAGGAAGUGUCGAUUCAAAUAUUGUUCAAGACAGUUUUGAAACUUUUGUUGAGAGUUUUAAAACUUCCAAAAAUCCACACGAAUUUGCUUCUGACAUGUUGGACUUUAUUGUUACCCAGCCAAAAUGGGCUGUUUAUUCUCUUUAUGAAAUGGACAAGGAUAAAACUGGAAUCACAAUUGAGGAUGGUUAUCCUCCAGAGAAUAUUUCUGAAGUAUUAGACCACUUCUGUGAACAUACUGAUGAAUAA